CCGGAAGUAUCGCUCAUCUUCCCUGGCGCUCGCUCGUUCUAUUCCGUGUUGUGCAAAGGGCUGGUCGUCAUCUGUAAUACUGCAUGAUUGUGGAAUGACAUGCACAUUGUGAAUUUUGAUUAUUAUUUGUAAGCAAAAUGGAGAAAUAUUCGAACGAAUUUCCUGGACCGGCAGCGGAUUUCAGAGGGAACGAUGGGUCACUGGUAUCAGCACUGAAGACUUUGCUGUUUUUCACAAUCAUGAUGGUCACUCUGCCUAUUGGGUUGUACUUCGCGUCAAAAGCAUAUGUAUUUGAAGCGUCCAUGGGCAUGUCCAACAACGACAGCUACUUCUAUGCCGCCAUUGUGGCGGUGGUUGCAGUGCAUGUGGUGCUGGCGCUGUUCGUGUAUGUGGCCUGGAAUGAAGGAUCACGGCAGUCUCAUGAAGGAAAGCAAGACUGAGCACGUGUGGGAGAAAGAGAGGGAAUGAGGGAGAGAGUAAGUAAGAGAGAGGCAUUGUCUAUCUAUGGAAGCGGGGUUGGCUGUAGUGUGUUUCUAGGUCAGUGUUAUGCUUGCCUGAAACUACAGUUCACAUCAAUAGUGGUACACCUAAUGUGACACACAAGUCGCUUCCUCAAGUCACAGCCUCCUGUGUGAGUGUACGUCUGUCUGAAUUGAAUGCCUGUGUGUGUGUGUGUGUGUGUGUGUGUGUGUGUGUGUGUGUGUGUGUGUGUGUGUGUGUGUGUGUGUGUGUGUGUGUGAGAGAGAGAGAGAGAGAGCAUGUGAACUGUGUGCGUGUGCGUGUCUGAAUAACUGUGUGUGGGGUGUAGAAUACAGACCGCAGCAGUGCUUGCUGGGUAGUUUGCCACAAUUGCAUACUACAGCAGGGACCCUGCCCAAUGCAUAAAGGACGCUAAGGCUGGGGACUCACUGAUUCGUUUUUAAAUGAAAUGGAACAAGUUUGUGUGCUGUAACGGACCUUAGGUACCGCAGGGGUGAAUGAUGAAAUGGUGGAAAAUGGGGAAAGCUGUCAAUAACUAGUUUACUUGGCAUCACAGAACUAAAACAGCAGUUCCCAUUUAAUUAACCGAUUCCUGUUUGUUUACCAUGUAUUUCAUUUGUUUGGCUGGAAAAAAGCUCUGUCAUGUUUUGAUGAAGAAUACCUCAUGCUGUCCAUCACGCAUACUUCCCCUGUGAAUCCACCACCCCAAACCAGCGACACUGAAAAAUAAGGCAAGAGUCCUGCCAGUUCAUCUCAACUCUUUAGAGAGUGCAACUUAAUCAUCUGUGUUCCUGUCUAUUCUCAAUUUUUUGUUUUGUUUUGUGCAAAUGUGUUGUCUGCGCUGCAAAGUAAUUUUUUUCAUGUUGAUUGUAAUCAGAAAAACAGUCAGGUUUGCUGGAAAAUGUAACAAGGAAAUUGUGACUCUCAAGGUUGUAUUUAAUUUCUUUUGAUGUGAUGAAUAAAUGAGGUCGACCUGCAAGAAAA